UUUUUCAGGCUCCACCCUCCACCCAUGUGCUCCAGCAGCACUGCACAAAUUCUCCAAAGAAGAGGUGCUCCAAAACGGAGGCGCCUUGUGUAGAGGCAGCUUCUCACCUCUUCAAACAAACUUUUGUCGCUCCUUCAACGUCUUGAAAAGGGGGAAUAAGAAAGAAUUCUUCCUUCUUUUUCUACCAACAACCCAAUUCCACUUUCAUUCUUUAUUCCUCUCCUCCUUAUCCACCUUUCAACUUCUUUCAAUUCUUUUCAUCAUAUUCCGAAAACCAUGACGUUGACAUCAACCUCGAUGCUCAGGUCAACUAGUAUUCCAGUCACCAAUAAAGCACACGAUUUCGAGCCCGAGCCCACCUCGUCCACGUCCACGAACACUGUGACGUCACGAAGAUCAUCGGGUGGAAGUGGCAGUGGCCUAGGGCCGGCCAGCAAAAAGCCGCCCAAUAUGCAUAUUAAUAUACCUACAGAUGAAGGCGCCGAACGGAUACCCUUGUGUGAGCAGCAUUCACCACUGGCACUUUAUGAGCAAGACUAUGACACACAAGGACAAAAGAUUGGGACGAUGCUCAGGAAGUUAUCAGUCUACAAUGCAACAGAAGCCACAAGUGUCGAGGCGGAUGAAAAACCAAAAGCGGCAGCUGCAAAGAUGGGGACCAUCAUGGGAGUGUUCCUUCCGUGCCUUCAGAAUAUUUUCGGCGUCUUGUUCUUUAUUCGAUUGGCAUGGAUUAUUGGAACAGCUGGAGUCUUUCAGGCAUUUUUUGUUGUGCUCACUUGUGUUUCUGUUACGUUCCUCACAUCAAUUUCAUUAUCAGCCAUAGCAACAAAUGGUGUUGUACCGUCAGGUGGUCCAUACUACAUGAUAUCCAGAAAUCUUGGCCCAGAACUUGGAGGUGCUGUUGGAAUCCUAUUCUAUCUUGGAACUACAAUUGCUGCAUCUAUGUAUAUUACUGGAGCCAUCGAAAUCCUUCUUCUGUACAUUUAUCCACAAGCAAAACUUUUCGAUGAUAUCUAUCACAAUUUCCGAGUACUUGGAACGGUCCUACUUCUCAUUCUUGGACUCAUUGUGAUGGCCGGAGUCAAAUUUGUGAAUCGAUGUGCUCUGCCGCUUGUGAUCGUUGUGAUCCUUUGCAUUUUAUCAGCAAUUCUCGGAGUUUUUGUACGAUACGACGGAAGUGAUUCACUCAAGUUUUGUAUGGUUGGAGAUCGACCGGUUGAUCUGAGUACUUACUUCGAAAAAACUCAAGUUCAACCAAACUGUACAGCUGAUGGGCUACAGGACUUGUUCUGCAGCACUAAUGGAACAUGUGAUCAUUAUUAUGAUAGGAUGAAAAAUAUCAAAGUAUGGAAAUCAUCUGGAAUGCCAGCCAUCCGUGAAGAACGUGCCAUCAAAGGAAUCGCCUCUGGAGUAUUCUUCGAUAACCUCUGGCCCAAAUAUCUGAGAGCUGGAGAAGUUCUUUCAAAAGAUCGGAAAGAUAAAGGAGACCUGAACAGAGGAGGACAUCCAUCAUAUAUUUAUGCAGAAUCUGUCACGAAUUUUAUGAUUCUUGUCGGUGUAUUCUUCCCAUCAGCAACUGGUAUCAUGGCUGGAUCAAAUCGAUCUGGAAAUUUGAGAGAUGCUGCAAAGUCAAUUCCAUUGGGAACUCUGGCGGCACAGAAUUUUUCUUCGUUUAUUUACUUGCUUGGAGUUGUACUCUUUGGAGCAUCCGUGUCCGAGAUGUUCAUUCGUGACAAGUACGGUAGAUCUGCGAUGGGAAAAUUGAUCAUUUCGGAAAUUUCCUGGCCAUUUCCACAAGUAAUUCUUUUUGGAUGUUUCAUGUCAACUGCUGGAGCAGGAAUGCAAUCAUUGACAGGAGCACCGAGACUUCUUCAAGCAAUUGCUGCAGAUGAUGUACUCCCAUUUUUAAAGCCAUUCCGAAAAAUGGAUUCCCGUGGAGAGCCCAUCAGAGCAAUUCUUCUCACUUUGGCCAUUUGUGAAUGUGGAAUUUUGAUUGCGGUUAUUGAAAAUAUCACUGCUUUGAUUACACAGUUCUUCUUGAUGUGUUAUCUUGGUGUAAAUGCUGCGUGUGCACUUCAAUCACUUCUAAAAUCUCCUGGAUGGCGUCCAGGAUUCCGUUACUUCCAUUGGUCACUUUCAAUGAUUGGAGCAAUUCUUUGUGUAGCUGUCAUGUUCAUUUCUGCGUGGCAUUUUGCUCUUUUUGCAAUUAUCAUUGGAGCAGGUGUUUAUAAGUAUAUUGAGUAUGCUGGAGCCGAAAAAGAAUGGGGAGAUGGUCUUCGUGGAUUGGGACUUUCAGCUGCUCGUUUCGCUCUCUUGAAUUUGGAUGACAAACCCCAACACUCAAGAAAUUGGCGCCCACAGCUUUUAGUUCUGGCUCCAGAUGUAGAAUCAGCAAAUACAAAUGGAAUAUUAUCAUUUGUUAGUCAAUUGAAAGCUGGUAAAGGAUUGACACUGGUUGCACAUUGUAUGGAAGGAGAAUAUGCGGAUAAUUAUUUGAAAGCACAAGCUGUACAGGAGAAAUUGAAAGCAGUGGUUAAAAAGAAUAAGAUCAAGGGAUUCUGUGAUGUAUUGGUCACUUCAAAUGUGAUUGAAGGAAUAUCAUGUCUCGUUCAGACAUCUGGUUUGGGUGGAAUGCGUCAUAAUACAGUCGUUCUGUCGUGGCCAAAUGAUUGGAAAGCUGAGCAAGAAUGGGUUGUUGCCAACAAAUUUGUUUCUGCAAUCCGAGCAAUUUCUGCUGCAAAAUGUGCAAUUAUGGUACCAAAAUAUGCGGAGAAAUUCCCAGCAAAUGGUACCAAAGUUUCUGGAUUUAUUGAUGUUUGGUGGGUUGUACAUGAUGGAGGUCUUCUUAUGCUUCUUCCAUUCCUUCUCCGACAACACAAAACAUGGAAAAACACAACAGUUCGCCUGUUUGCAAUUGCUCAAAUGGAGGAUAAUAAUGUACAAAUGAAGACGGAUCUGGAGAAAUUCCUCUAUCAUUUGAGAAUUGAUGCAGCUGUUAAUGUCAUUGAAAUGACUGACUCGGAUAUCUCUGACUACACUUACGAACGUACCAUGAAAAUGGAGGAACGUAAUCAAUACCUGAAAAAUUUGAACAAGUCGGAUCGUGAUAAGGAUAUUCAGAACCAUUUGGAAAUUGUAACACGGGAACGAAAGCUGAGUAGAAUUAAUGAAGAAGCGCCUGCUGUGGUCCCUGAGCAACGUAACUUGGAGGUUGUUGAUGAAGAGCAAGAAGAUGGAAAAUCUGAAAAUGGCUCAGCAAAAAUCGAGCACAAAGGAGUACGCUUCUCAGAUGAUGAAGAUUCUAAGGAGGUAAAAGUCGGAAACGGAACGUUGGAACGCGAUCGAGAAGAACGGCAACGCAAACGACGAUACAAUGUGCAUAAAAUGCAUACAGCUGUCAAAUUGAACGAGUUGAUGAGACAAAAAUCAAGUGAUGCUCAGCUGGUAUUUGUGAAUCUUCCAGGACCACCUGAUGCUGAUUCUGAUUCUUAUUAUAUGGACUUUAUCGAAGCUCUCACCGAAGGCCUUGACCGUGUUUUACUGGUUCGUGGAACUGGCGCAGAAGUCGUCACAAUCUAUUCGUAAUUUCUUGUUUUUCCCAAUAAUUAGGUUCCAUUUUUCACUGGUCCCCCAUAUCUUUUUUCUUGUCAUUUUAUUCUUCUUUGUCCCAGUUUUUCACAUGAAAAAUAUCAUCAAAAUUCACACAAAACAACCAUCUCAUUUCAUUGAUUUGCCUCUCCGUUUUCAAUUUUUACCCCACACUUCAACGAGUUUUCUCCCAUUUUUUUCAGUUUCGAAUAGAAUUUGAAAAGUUUUUAGUCUUAAUUCAAAGAAAGUCUACUACUUACUUUAAUCUAGUUUUACUUUUUCUUUUUUUUCAAAUAUGAAUUUCAUUUAUUUGGUUCUCUGGAAAAUCAUGUUUUUUUUGUGCAUUGUCCCCCCCCCCCCGUUUUUAUGUAUUUAUCACUUUUUGUUCAACGUUUUGCCCCAUUUCCCCCACGCCAACCCGAUUUUCAUGACAUCGAAUUUUGCAAAAUCACACAACUAACACACUGACUAUUUCGGUUAUGUUUUGUAAAAUGAGUAUGCCUGAUAAAUACAAAAAAAAUAAAUUUGUGCCAAAUUU